CACCAAAUCAACAGGCCCACAAUCGUGGACGAAAAUUCUACAAUCUCCCCACCUCCGAAAGCUACCUCCUCCUCUUGAAGUCCCCCCAGCCAAUUCUCCUCCUCCUAAUCCAUCUCCAUCCCCCCACCCCUUCUGUUCCUCACCAAGCAACAAAAAGAUCAGAUUUUUAACUUCUCUCCCGAGCCAAGAUCGGAUUUUUACUCAAGAUUUGCUGACCCAACGCCGAUGGCGAGCAAGGGAGGGCCGUCGUCGCCGGCGAAGCCGCCGGCGGUCUGCUGCAUGUGCGGCGACGAGGGGUUGACUCAGGAGCUCUUCCGGUGCAAGCUCUGCCUUGUGAGGUCGCAGCACAGAUAUUGCAGUAACCAAUACCCUAAUCUCGAAUUCUACACACUUUGCAAUUGGUGUUUGAGAGAAGGAUCAAACUCUUCUAGGAAAGAAGCUGUCAAAGAAGGAUAUUCCAAUUUUAAUGCCUCAAAUAUCUCUUCCUCCGGCAACAACGACAGUAAUGAUACUGAUAAUGACAAUAGAGAGGUUAACAAUAACAAUACAAGCACUACUACUAAUGCUAGUAGUAGUACUAGCUCAGGAGUUAAGCUUCACCGAGUUCAUUUCUCGUCGCAACUCGAUAAUCCAAUCAAAAAGCCAAGGAUAUUGAAUAGAUCUGCCUCUGAUGUCACGGAUCGGAUUAGAUCAACCGGAGAGAUCUCCCCUAGAUUGGGCAAGGCAAGGCAAGUUUUCAAGGCCAAAGUAAGAAGAUAUAAACUCUUGGAAGAGGUCUCUAGUUAGAGUAAGAAAGAAAAAAAAAAGAGAGAUACUAUACUUUGAAAUGUUCUUGACAAGUUAAUAAUUUAGUUUCAUCAUUUUAUUUCA